UGCUCAUCUGUAUAAAUGGUCGCUAUGACGUCUUCCUGCCAGUGAUGAAUUGCAGAGCUUGUCUUGCAUCAUGGACACCUGAGGUGGUUGACCUGUUGUUUAGUGGUUACUGGCCAGGCACUGUCGAGUUUCAAACCAUAUACAAGGUAAACCUCUUCACAUCGUUUGAGGACCUGAAGAUCACUGCACCUGGACUUUCAAGACAAGCAUUUGUGAAAAUGUUACAACAGCGCUCACAACAAUUUGGAAGGAGUGGUAACAUUUGUGGCAACGUCUUCCAAAAAGCUUUCCUUGAAUGGACAUAUUGUCGUCAUAAAAGAGAAAAACUCUGCGGCAUUGAUCACUUCUCUUGCCCAGCUUGCACCCCAGAUACAGUUGCUGUGUCUGCAGACGGAAACAGAAAACUAUACAGAUUCAGCAAAACAAAGGGGGCAGAGGAACAACCAUUUUUUGAUGGAGUUUUUCUUGCUAAUGACAAAGAUGUAGCAACAUUUGUUGAUUGUGUUCGUGAGAAGACCAUUCCAGUACAUGGAAAAGGCAUCUGUGUAACAUCAACAUGGGCUGCAGCCAGGGAGACCUCUAAAAAGACAAACACUAAAUGUAAUGAAGAGGGCCUAGAGGUGGCAGUUUGCAGGCACAGCAUAUUGCUUAGAGGGCUGAACAUGUUUAGGGGCGAGAUAUUUGCAUACCCUCUGUUUCUGCAGAAGGAACUGGCCACAAAAACAAACUGCAAGUUCUUCUGCACUGACAUCAUGUGUCGAUAUUGGCCUUAUCUGCAAAAGGUGGCUCAAGCAUUCCCAGAAAUGCAAAACCUUACUCAGAUGAAGCCAUUUCUCUCAGUUAUGCAUGCAAAGGGGCACUCUACAAAAUGUGAGGUGCAGUGGGGUGGCAAAAACCAAACAGGGGCAGGCACAACAAUUGGUGAAGAAGUUGAACAAGUGAACAGCUUUUUGUCCCGUGUGGCUCUAACUACAAAAUACAUGAGUAAGGCUGCACGAGUAGAUAUGAUCACAUUGCAUGCCAGAGGAUGGAAUGAGCGCAAAAAAAGAAACCUGCACAAGUACUUGUCUACACGGUACUUGAAGACUAUCCAAAAGACAAAGGAAGUCAAGGAGGACAUUGAGGCUAUAAAGAAGUGCACGCAAAGGUCUGAUGAGGAACUGCAACAGUGGGUCACUGAUGUGAGACAGUGGGCAGUUGACACUCCAGAUGACUUCAGAACAGAUGAUCCAGUGGCGUUGCAACAUCUGAUUGAAGGCCUAUUCUUGGGCAUACAGCAGAAAAAGAGGGAUCUGUAUCGAGUAACCGACCGUAACAAACAGCGACACAAGAUCCGAAGACGGAUUAGAGAGGAUAAGAAAAAGCUGUUUAAUGCCAUAUCCCAAUAAUACAAUGAUCUUCCAACCACCACAGAAUCUGUAGAUUCAGUUGAAGACCUUCUGGCAGCAGAAAGCCCUAUCUGGCCUUGGGAUUCUGAACCUGACACUUCCUUAGGCAUGAAGAAGAAGGUUUUUGACAAGGUGAUGCAGCUGGAGAGACUGAUUGAGGAAGAGGCUAUAAUUUUAGAGGAAAUGAAACAACAUUGGACUCAUCUUACAAGAACCUGCAGGGCCUUAAAGGACCCGGCUAAUGUACUAGCAGAUGACCUGGCCACACAGAGCUACCCUUCAGGACUGUCUGGUCAAGCUUACCAUGGCCUGCACAGUGCUGUCCUCCAAAAAUGUGAGGAGCUCAAAACAGACAUGGUAGCUGUGAAAGAAACCUACUCCCAAAUAGUAGUAAAUGGGAAUGGUGGAACUGUUGUUGAUGAAGAUGAUGAAGACCCAUAUGAAAAUGUCUCCACAGAUGCCUCUACGGAUGAUGAAUUAUAGAUUCUCUCUUCUCCACUGCACAAACUGGUUUCCUGACUGAGUAGCACAAGUUAGCUCUCCCCAUUGUAAAUAAUAAAACCUUGAACCUGAAUUUUC